UUCGUGAUUCUUCAUGAGUGUUACGUUCCUCGGUAUCGCGGUCAUUUUCGCUUUUCGUUGCGGGAAAGUGUGAGAGGAAGUAACACCACAGUGUCUUCGUGGUAUUGAGACAGAUACAACGAUCAUGGAUGCCUGGAUGUACGAAGUGGUCUGUAUGAUGCCCGGUGCCGGCACCGAGAAUAUGAUUGGAAACAACAGGACCAUGGCGAACAUCAAGCAAGAAAUCGAGAAUCCUACCACGCCCACGCAAAACUAUCAAGUCUGUUCUCCGACCACCACUCUUCAACAUCAAGAGGUGAUUUGCAGUAAAAUAGAAGUGCCGCCAGACUAUGGCGGAGGCGGUGGUAGCCCUGGUAGCCCGGAAAUGCAUCACUGUUCUUCGACUACGCAACCGUUAGGGACUCCAGAGGAAGGUAUUAAAGAGGAGGAUAUAAUACCGAGAAGGCUUUGCUUGGUGUGCGGAGACGUUGCGAGUGGAUUUCAUUAUGGGGUUGCGUCUUGCGAAGCGUGCAAAGCUUUCUUCAAGAGAACCAUACAAGCGAGUAAUUUCACAGGUAACAUCGAGUACACAUGUCCAGCGAACGGGGAAUGCGAGAUAAAUAAACGUAGGAGAAAAGCUUGCCAAGCGUGCAGGUUCCAAAAGUGCCUUAGACAAGGCAUGCUGAAAGAGGGUGUACGAUUGGAUCGUGUUAGAGGAGGGAGACAAAAAUAUAGAAGAUCCACCGAUCCCUACCCUCUGGUGAAAACAGCUCCGUUGGAAGCAAACGUAGCGACAGGAGCUUCUAACGAAAUAAUAAAUAAUAAAAUGCUGGAAGUUCUGACUGCCUGUGAACCCGACAUGCUACAAGUGUCCAAUCUCUCUUAUACACUUGAUACGGAUCAGAGAGUGCUUGGACAGUUAUCUGACUUGUACGAUCGAGAAUUGGUUGGAAUAAUCGGUUGGGCAAAACAGAUUCCUGGAUUCGUUAGUUUAGCUCUAAACGACCAAAUGCGACUUUUGCAAAGUACAUGGGCCGAGAUAUUGACGUUUAGCCUCGCAUGGAGAAGCAUGCCAAAUAAUGGUAGAUUAAGGUUUGCCCAAGAUUUUACCCUCGACGAGCGACUUGCACGCGAAUGUCAUUGUUUAGAUCUAUACACGCAUUGUAUUCAGAUCGUCGAAAGGCUUCAACGAUUGGGCUUAACCAGGGAGGAAUAUUACGUGUUAAAGGCAUUGAUACUGGCAAACAGUGACGCGAGGUCAGACGAGCCGCAGACGCUUUAUCGCUUCCGAGAUUCUAUACUAAAUUCCUUGUCAGAUUGUGUGGCGGCGAUACGACCAGGACAAACGCUUCGUGCCAUUCAAAACAUGUUCCUAGUGUUGCCCAGUCUCAGGCAGGUUGAUGGAAUUGUUAGAAAAUUCUGGUCUAGUGUCUAUCGAACGGGAAAAGUACCGAUGAACAAGCUCUUCGUAGAAAUGUUAGAAGCUGCCUACUAUCGAUGAAGUACACACCAUCUUGAACUCAAUUUCAAAUAAUAUCCGUAUUAAGGACUUGAUAGAAUCGCUGUUACCAAACACGUGGUAUCAGCGUUAUACUUCUAACACGUUGACAGUGAGAGUAGGGCACGCGUUCCGUCGCGUCCCUUACACAAGUAUAAGCGGAAGAGACAGUGAGUGAUAGUGAAAUGCAAAGAAAAAGAAAAAAGAAAAAAAAAGG